AUGUCACCCGUAACUACGGUAGCCCAGGCCUCACAUACUCAGCAGGGGACAAAGUUGACCAAGCCAAUCCUCCAGUGUCCUCAGCGUGGGCUCACCGAAUUUGAGUCUUGCAUCGAGCUACUCAUCGCUCUUCGCGACGCUAUUGCUGGCCAUCAGCAUCUGUUACGCGAGGGUAUUCUGCACCGAGACGUCAAUGUAAACACUAUCCUGAUAGCAGAAAGCUACACCGAUGGAAAAACUGACAGCCGUGGAAUCCUGAUCGAUCUUGACAAGACGAGUUGCGCCAACGAGGACCCAACCUACAGCCGACCCCAUAGUCAUCUCGACGACCUGGAAUCGUUCUUCCACGUUCUGUGCUGGAUAUGCUUCGCAUACAUGAGACCACGGCAGAGGGUCUCAGAGACGCCCUACAUCCUAGCGGACUGGAAUUCCAAAUCUGUCGGUCGAGCGUGCCGAGCAAAGAAGGCUUUCUUCGCGGACCCACUUGGCCCUCAGAAGACCGACGCAGUGUCUGAUUUCUUUUGUGCUCCAUUCCGAAAGCUUCUGCAAAACCUUCAUGGCUUCUUCCGACCGUACGCCUUUGCGCCUUUGCAGCCACCGCCUCCUCUCUCUGAGAUUCUUUCAACUGCCAACGAAGACUACGAAACGAUCCUUGCGAUGUUUGAGGAAGCUAUUCGGGAGGUCGGUGCUCUCCCCCAACCAUAG